AUGGGUCAAUUAAUUCUUAAUCAUGAUAUUCUUUUAAACAUUAUUCAAUUUUUAAAUGAUGAAAAUGAUUAUUUCAAUUUACCUUCACUUUAUAAAUUACUUUUCGUGGAUAGAUUCUUUUGCAGAAAUUUAAUUCCUUUUUUAUAUAAAAGAUUUUUCGAUUAUACUUUAAUACAAAGUAAAUUAUCUUCGAAAAGGAUAAGAACUAUCUUAAGUUGUCUUUCUGAGAAAGAGAAAUGGAAUUUAAAUAAUAUUUUACCUGACUUACCUUAUAAAUGUAAACCUUUAUUCAAUUAUGCAACUUAUAUUGAAUAUAUUUGCAUCGAAGAAUUAUUAGAGACUAUAGCUGAUUGGUUAGAAUAUGAAAUUGGUUAUAAAAAUAGAAAUACAAAGGAAUUUAAUCUUCAAGUUAAAAGUGUAUCGACUUCAAUUUGGCGUUUAUUAAUUCGUAAAGAUAUAAAGAUUUUACAAUUCAAGACCAUCAAAAGAAAUCUUGCUUCCUUUAAUAGAACAAAUUUCAUGAUCAAAUCACAAAAUCGUUCGGUAUUUAGGCAAUUACGUUAUUUGGAUAUUUUCAAUCCUAUAACUUUUGAACAUUUCAAAAAAUUCUUUUUUCAUCACAACAACAAUAAAGUGGUUUGUACUACAAUUAGAAAAAUUUCUUGGUUGGUUGACGCAUCUCCGGAUAGUGUUUAUAUGCUAAUCAAUAUUAUUCAAAAACAACGGAAUCUUGAUUCUUUAAGUAUUUUUAAUUCCAGAGAUUCCGAAGAUUUUCAAAAAAUCUCUCGAACAUUAAUUGAUACUCAAUCAAAUAAUUUAACAAAAUUAGAAUUUAAUAAAAAAUUAUCAUUAAAUUAUAAUGAUUGGUCACAAACAUCAAAAGGAUUAUUUGAUAAAGAAAUUAUUCUUAAGACUAGUCAAAGUUUAGAAUCUAUUGAAUAUCUCACUCGUAAAUUAGAACCUUAUCAUUUUUCUUUGGUUUACGCAAUCAAACGAUGUAAGAAUGUCAAAGAAUUAACUUUCAAUAUUCGUAAUCAAGAGGAAAUCAAUAUGCUUAAAAUGGUUGUGACUUCUUCAAAAUUAAAAAGAUUGAAUUUAAUUAUUCGAUUGGGAAAUGAAUUGAUGAAAAACUUUGAUGAACAAUUAAUCAAGAUUUUACCUAAAUCUUUAAUUCAACUGGAAUGUGUCGUUCAACAAAAUGUGAUCAAAGAUUUCUUUAAAUUAUGUAAGAACAUUAGUUUAAUUCAAUUCUCUUUUCAAUUGGGACAUCAGAUUUUGAACACUCGAGAACCUCUUUCACAUGAAUUCCUUCAUGACAUUGUUGAAUAUUUUAAAAGAAAAUCAAGUUUGAAAACUUUGAAACUCAAUUCUGAAAUAAUGAACAGAUGGAAAUUUCUAAAAUGUGAUUUAUCUGCAUUAGAUGAAUUGAAAAAAUUAGAACCUCGAGCUUUUAAUUCUUCUGAUUUGAAAGCCAAGGAACAAGAAAACCAUUUUUGUGAAACUUUAAGUGAUGCAUGGACCGAUUUAGCCAUAGGAAAAAAUUAUCAAGAAAAAUAA